UCUUCAGCUUGAGAAGACUAAAACAUUGUAAGAUUUUUCUGAAAUGUUUAGAAAACACGUCUUUGAAAACAGAGCAUCCACUGCAGUCUCUUGAGUUUAAUGGUUGUGUUAAUCUCAAAUUAGGCAUGAAAAAAUGAAGACAGUAAAUCGGUUCCUGUGAAAACUUUUAGUUUAUGCUACAUACCAGUUUCUCAGGAAUUAAGAACUUUUUGUCAGGGAAGAGAAAAGAAGCAAAAUACUUAAUUUCUUUGAUACCCACUUUUCCUUCAACUGUUUGGGUUGUUCUCUGAACAUCUUCCAGAUUGUGGAGAAGUCUUACUCUUGCUGUUCCUAAUUCUUUUCUUCUGGAUGGCUUUGCAAAAUUUGCAAGAAUUUGCAACAGUUUUCUUUUAAAUUCCUAGAGUCUAAAUAAACUACUUAAGCAAAACCACAGAUUCUGUGGCAUGUUAGGAUGAUAAACUUCGCAUGAUUCAUCACCCAAGUUAAGAAGACUUUGAUCAACUCCAUAGUUCUUUGUUCUUGGUUUAACAAGUUAAUGAAAGGAGUACAGAGCACUGUCAAUAGGUUUCAGUGGGCAUGGCCCAUUUUCUUUGUUUUAUCCAUCCUUGAACGCUUUGGCUGCCUUCAAACAUCUAUUUCUUCCUGUUCCUGAAUUUUGAUUUUUUUUUUUUUUUAAUGAGGCUUCUAGUUUGAGUUGGCCUCCCCUAUUCCACUUUCUGUGUCAAAGCUUCAGGUUACAGUGGAAGGCCCAAUAAAUGCCUGUAGUUGUAAGCUGAAUCGUGUUCACUUAGUCCUGUGCAAAAUUAAUAGCAUGGGGAGUUUUAAGUAGGUUUAAUUAAAUUCAGAGAGAAUGGAAUUUUCAGAAAUACUACCUAGAAGGUCUAAAUUCUAAAAAUUUAGACAUUUUAACCAAGGGACAACUUAGUCUGAACAUAUAGAACUGAUUUUCUUUCCCCAUGCCCAAACUGAGCUUCCAAAAUGUAUGACUUGGGAUGGAUUUUCACACAAAUUGACAAAAAAACCACUUCUGACAUAAAUGAGAAAAGCAUUCAUUAUGGCUUUAUCAUGGAUCUUUUAUAUAUGAUUUUUUUUUAUCUCAUAGUCGUAAAUGGGUGUUUUGGUGAAAUUCACCUAUGUAUAAGAAUCAUUGUAAAGGUGCUCAGCUUAAAAAGAUUCAUCCUAAAAACUUACUUUUAGCAACACUGUAGGCAACUUAAAGCUGAUCUUUUAAUGAGAAAUGUCAGACAACAAAGAAAUGCACCCACCAAAGCUCUCUGGGUUUUAUUCCUGAGUGAGGCUCUUUUUUGCAGGUAACUCAUAUCCUAAAGAGAUUCUUCGGAAUUGUAGCUUCUUCUGGAAAUUGCUGAAAUAAACAGAGCAAACAUUUUGUUUUAAAACAUUUGAAUGGUUAAAAAUUGUUUUGGAUGAAAUGAAAAUUCCUAAUUCCUUGUUGGAAAUUGCUGCUUAAUUCUGCUGAAGUAUCUUGCUUUGUGAAAUAGAUGUGUUAAAAGCAUUAAUGAAUUAACAUGGAAGUAGCUGGUGUUACUCCCAAUUACAACAUGACCUUAUCACCUGUGAAGGGUUAACAAAUUUUUAAUGUAUUAACUGAUUGUUUGCAUGGUAACAGAUGGCUUAUAAGCAAAUCUAAUAUCAUCUCUUGAUGUGCUUAGUAAGCAUUAAGAUGUGUAAUUACCAAGUGUGUAAAAUGUUUAUAGUACACUGUAGGUUUGAAUUUAUUUUAAACUGCUUAUAAAAAUAACUUUUAGUUUUAAAUUAUGAUGCCCACAACAGUCUGACCUAAUUUUUCACCUUGCUAAAUAAUUUUCUUUUUCAUAUAUUCUCUCCAGGAUCAUAUUGUUUCUUCCUGUGACAAUUGAAAAAAAAAUUGAGAACAGUGAGACCUCUCACAUUAACUGAAAAGGUUUUUCUUAAAAUUCACAAGGCCCGAAGUAGCAGCUGGCUGUGCAGCAGGAAGACUAAGACAGAACAAGAGAGUAGAGGAAACAAAAGUCAGGAAGAAGAAAAAGUAGGACUUUUAUAGUACAGAAUGGAAGGGAAGCUGUGGUAUUUUUUAAUAUGGCAAUCCAACAUGAUAAUAUACCCAUUCACUUUCUGCAGAUGAGAAUUUCUGCUAAUAAAAUCUUGAAAAGUUUGGACCACAUUCAACAUUUAGUGGACCGGAAUAGGCCCUAUGACACUUUUAACUUGCACUCUUUGGAAAAUUCCUUAAUGGAUAUGAUAAGGACUGAUCAUGAGCCUCUGAAAGGUAAACACUACCCUCCCAGUGGCCCACCAAUGAGUUUCGCUGAUAUAAUGUGGAGGAAUCAUUUUACAGGGCGUAUGGGAAUAAACUUCCAUCAUCCAGGAACAGACAAUAUUAUGGCUCUUAAUAGUCGGUCUUCACUCUUCCCUUUUGAAGAUGGCUUCCUAGAUGACAGCCAUGGUGAUCAGUCAUUGUCCUCGGGUCUCAGCUCUCCGACGCGCUGUCAAAACGGGGAAAGAGUGGAACGCUAUUCUAGAAAGGUGUUUGUUGGAGGUCUUCCUCCUGACAUUGAUGAAGAUGAGAUCACCGCCAGCUUUCGUAGGUUUGGACCUCUUGUGGUGGAUUGGCCUCACAAAGCUGAAAGCAAGUCAUAUUUUCCACCUAAAGGUUACGCCUUUCUGCUGUUCCAGGAAGAAAGCUCUGUACAAGCUCUGAUAGAUGCCUGUCUGGAAGAAGAUGGAAAACUUUACUUAUGUGUGUCAAGUCCCACAAUCAAGGAUAAACCAGUGCAAAUUCGACCUUGGAACCUAAGUGACAGUGACUUUGUGAUGGAUGGGUCUCAGCCUUUGGAUCCAAGAAAAACAAUCUUUGUUGGAGGAGUUCCACGGCCUCUCCGAGCUGUUGAAUUGGCAAUGAUUAUGGACCGUUUGUAUGGAGGUGUCUGCUAUGCUGGCAUUGAUACAGACCCAGAGCUGAAGUACCCAAAAGGUGCUGGCAGAGUGGCUUUCUCCAACCAGCAGAGCUACAUUGCUGCUAUCAGUGCUCGCUUUGUCCAGCUCCAACACAAUGACAUUGAUAAACGGGUGGAAGUGAAGCCAUAUGUGCUGGAUGAUCAGAUGUGUGACGAAUGCCAGGGCACUCGCUGUGGUGGAAAAUUUGCUCCAUUCUUUUGUGCCAAUGUUACCUGUUUGCAGUAUUACUGUGAAUACUGCUGGGCCAGCAUACACUCCCGUGCUGGGCGGGAGUUCCACAAACCACUGGUAAAGGAGGGAGGUGACCGGCCCCGCCACGUCCCGUUCCGCUGGAGCUGAACCCCGGCCGCGCCCAGCAAGAAGUACUGGAGUAAAUAAAAUUGAGUGAAAAGAGAGCGCUGCCUCAGGGCUUAGUGUUCUGGAAAUCUGUGCAUUCGUCCUCGACUUUAAUGAAGAGAUGGGUCUUUUUAUUACUAUUAUUAUUAUUUACAGUCACAUUACUGAACUCAGUGUCCAGUAUAAUACAAACCGGCAGAGUGUAACUGUACUGAUUUUGCACUUUGAUUCACACAAACAUCUGCUUGGUACCUUAAUUUCCUACACAAGACUUGUCACUAGUGACAUUAUGUAGACUGCCAUUCUCAUCAGUCUUCACUGGGCUGAUGUGUAUGUGAUGAAGAUUUUUUUAUUGUAAUUAUAAUUAUUUUUAUUUUUAAACUGGAGCAUGCACUUAUUUUCAGAAAUUUAGACUUGCCCCUAGCAGAUGACUUACCAAAGGUAAUAUUCACAAGUAGGUGGCAGAUGUAGCAAAAACUUAAACAGAUAUUCAGCAAUCAUUAGUUUGGGUCAUUUAGAAUAGUAAUAACCCUUAAAGAAAAAUAAGCCUUUAGUUGCUCUCGAUUUUGACUUGUAAGGAUGAUACCUCAUAAGCUGGAUCAGACCUUUUUCUUUUGUUUUGCUGAGGGAUUUUUUUCGUUCGUUUGUUCUGUUUUGUUGGUUUUUUUUGUUUUGUUCUGUUAGGUCUUUUAGUGUUAUGUAAAUGUAUGCUGCAAUAGCUUUUGCUGCUAUUAAAAUGGUAUUACUAAUACCAUAAUACUCUAUUCAGGCUAGGGUAUCAAUUAAAAAUGAAUAUGUGAUUAAAAUAGUGAUGGCUGCUGAAAGGAGAUCAGUAUAGCAUACAGAAAAGCUUCCAAGGAAGGUCAAUAUUUUUUGACUGCAUGUUUACUUAAUCAGGUUGCUGCAUGCAAUAAAUUUUAUAUAUGUCUAAUAUAAAACCUGCCCACAAUGCACAAAUUAUGAACGUAGGCUACAAAAUGCUCAGUAACAAAAAAAAAAUUGAUUACUGACUGGAGGAAGGCAUGCCUCAGUAAAUGUAAUGCUUCUGAAAUUAGGAUCAGCCCAUUACAGAAUGACCUAUAUUACAACAAAUAUAAAAACUAGCUGUAGGAUAUUCUUAAAAAAAAUUUGUGGAUGGUAGAUGAAGUACUUUGCGGUGCUCUGUUAUAUAUCGUGCAAUUUAUUUUAUAUAGUAAAGUGAUUAUGUCUAGUACUGUGAUCAAACUUAACUGUUAAAGCCUCUGUAUCUGACAUUACACAUUUUUGACAGUUCAUAACAGGUACAUAAACAGAAAUGAGCUCUUAGUUACGAUCUCUGUCCUAAUGCUUGCAUCAUUUCCGUAGCUGCAGACCUUGUCCAGAAAACCAAAGAGCUCAUGCUGGCGUACAUACACUACGAUUAGAUAGUCUGUCAAACUAAUAACCUAGGCACAUUUAAGAAAGUUAGGAAACAAAGUGGUGCUAAAGAAAUGUCUGCAUAUAAAAGUAACAUGAGAUGUCUGCUCUGUGGAUGUGGCGUUAUCUCUCUAAUCCCUGGAUGUAUCCUGUGAAGCUUGAAUACAAUUAAGACCUGCUAACACAGUGGACAUUUUUUUAGCAUGAACUAUGGGGCUGCAGAUAGCAUAUAAAUAUAAACACACUUGGUAUACUAAUGAUUGUGAGAAUGUGUACACUAUUUUUUUUUUCUUUUUCCUCCUUUGUUUUUGCAGUUCUGGGGACAAUCUGACUGGAUAUGACACCGCAUAGUAGACUUAAAUGUUCUGGGUUUUGUUUGUUGUGAUGUCCUUCUUUGUGUCUAAUUUAGUAAGUUGGUUUUCCCAAUGUUUAGUUGCAGGUAUUGGCUUUGAAAGGAUUUUUUCUGUUUUUGGAGAAAAAAAAAA